AUGAGGGUGUCCUGCCUGGGCUCCUUCUCUUCGCUGCUUGCCUUCGCCUCCUUGCUUUGUAGCUGGCCCAGCCAAGCCGGAGCAGCCAAGAAGCUCAAGUUCGCCUUGGUAGUAUUUCGGCAUGGAGACCGGAGUCCCAUUGAAACCUUUCCUAAAGAUCCCUAUCAAGAAUCUGCUUGGCCUCAGGGAUUUGGACAACUUAGUCUGCUUGGAAUGGAGCAACACUAUGAACUUGGAACAUAUUUAAGGAAAAGAUUUUCCAACUUCUUGAAUUCCACUUACAACCGGAAUGAGAUUUAUGUCCGAAGCACAGACGUUGACCGGACCCUGAUGAGUGCCAUGACCAAUCUUGCUGCCCUCUUUCCACCAGAAGGCUCAAGUAUUUGGAACCCCAAAAUCCUUUGGCAGCCAAUUCCAGUUCAUACAGUACCGACUUCUGAAGAUCAGUUGCUGUACCUUCCUGAUAUAAAAUGCCCUCGACUUCAAGCGCUUCAGGAAGAAACUUUGAGGUCAAAGGAAUAUCAAGACUUGCUGUCUCCAUACAAGGAUUUUAUAAGUACUUUAUCCGAGCUUUCAGGACUCCAAAUCAAGGACCUUAAUGGAAUUUGGAAUAAAAUCUAUGAUCCUUUAUUUUGUGAGAGAGUUCACAAUUUUACUCUACCCACCUGGGCCACUACAGACACCCUAACAAAGCUGGAGGAGCUGUCCAAAUUAUCUCUCUUGUCAACCUUUGGAAUUUAUAAGCGGAAAGAAAAAGCUCGACUUCAGGGAGGUGUUCUGGUGAAAAACAUUGUUGAUUAUUUCCAUAAAGCAGCCAAUGAAUCUAAUGCAAAAAAAUUCAUCAUCUACUCGGGGCAUGACACUACUAUUGGGGCCCUGCAGAUGGCACUUGAUGUUUUUAAUGGAAAAUUUCCACCUUAUGCUGCCUGCCACAUAAUGGAACUAUACCUUGAAAAUGGGCAAUACAACGUUGAAAUGUACUAUCGGAAUGACACACAGCAGGAUCCUUACCCCCUCACCCUACCAGGAUGCACAGCCAGCUGUCCCCUGAAGCAGUUUGUUGAGCUGGUCUCCCCUGUAAUGACAGAAGACUGGUCAAAGGAGUGUUUCAGACUUAGUGAAGAUCAAGUUCUAAGGAUAACACUGACUGCCUUUUGCCUCUCAUCUGGUGUUUUGCUGGUGUUGCUGUUUAUCCUCUUCCAUUAUGGACCCUGCAGAAAAAGGACCCCCUAUCAGUCCAUUUAAAAGGAUGAUUAAAGCAAGGAGAGAGAAGCUGUACGAGAUUCCUGAGGACCAACAGUACCUCUCUACAAACACUGAAGGAGGACAGAAUGUGAGAUGAGGAGGAAAUGGGCUCA